UUUCAUUGUUAUUGUUCACCUUUUCUUAAAGGAACAUAGCAUUUGCUGCUGGGGUGGCAUUGCUGUUCAUAUGUACCAAAAAUCAUGCAAAGGAUCAGAGGCUGAUAUUUAGUAUGAUAUUUAGUAACAAUAUGUGCAACAUUGCAAAAAUUACUUGGGUGUGCUUAAUGCUCUCGAAUUACACCUCAUACAAGCUGCCAGCACAGGUUUUCCCUUCUCAAGAAAGGAAGAAAAACGUGCGACUAUAGUAGGAAUAUUUAUUAUGCAGGCAGAGUUUAUUAAAUCAGCCAUAAAAGAAAUGAACGCAACAUCUUUAACAGUUUAGAAGAUGAAUGUGUAAUUCCUGAUUUGCUUGAGGUUAAAAUUAGUUUUGUAGCAACCAGGAGCAGCUUUGCUUUAUUAUCUGUUGGUCUUUGGAAUGAGAGGCAGAACCAUUUGAAUAAAAACAUUUUAAAGCAGAAUUGAUAAAAGCAAUUAUUCUCUGACUGAGCCAGCAGGCAUCUAUUGCCAGGAGGAAAAAAGAAAAAGUUGGCUACACAGAGAAAUCAGCUGUUUGCUGUGAAUUUAAAUCGUUGACCAUUUGAUAACACCUAAACCCACAGUAAUCAAAUCAAAAUACCUAUAAAACUCAAGGUGAAGGUGGAAGCAGGUUAUAGUAUGGUGAGGAUGAGCUGGUGGGCGCCUUUGAUCCUGGCUGUUGUUCUUUGGUGAAUUAUGUUAGCUCAGUGGCAUAAAGGACCCCAUUAAAGGCUUUCAUGCUCUGCUGAAGUAAUGGCAGGUCUGAGCCAAUGCAAGCCUGCCUGUUCCUCUCUCCCUUCACAGGUUUCUGAUUGGGCAGUGGAAGUUUAGAAAUUAAAUAACUUUUUUUUUUAGUAAUUUCUGACUUUCAGCCUGUAGUGUGGCCAUUCCAAAAUGCUUGGAGACAUCCCAUUGGGAGUUUUGGUAAUGAAGGUGUUACGUGCUCAAGUGAGAGCUGGGAUGGCUUUCAUUUAUACUGAGUAGAGGCAAGUGAGGAAGUUAAGAGGCAAGGAAGAGCCCAAACCCAGAUAUUCAUUUAGUAUUGCCUAAGAUUUUUACCAAUACAUCGCCAUUCAUGGUUCUGUAGGUCUUGUCCACUAUCUUCCACUCACCUAGUUUCUCUGCUUCUGCAUGUUCCAAGAAAAAUUACUGUAACUUCUCCAAUGCAAACUUUGUGACCUCUCUGGUCAUGCAGUUGGCUACCUAGGCAUCUGCAGAAUUCAUUUUUCUCGGUGGCCACUGAUCUUCAUUUCUCUGCAGAUGUCUCUGUUGGCUUUAUCUGAGCCUCCUGAAACAGUAAAUGAUUUUAGGCGUGUUUCACAAAUAUUUUAGGAUGAGUGUUCUACAAAACCACUCAUCGACCAUUUAAGUGAGAAUCUCGAGGUUUUUCUCUUCUCUAAUAGCAAAUUUGCACACUCUGAUGCUGAUUUAAAAUAUGUACUGUGGGCGACCCUAACACUGGGAUUUGGCCAAGUUCAAAGCAGCUGUGCAGAUGGACACAGAAGGCAGAGGGAAAUAGACCCUUUUAAUCAUAACAAGGCUGCUCUUAUUUUCCUAUCUUUAGUGGAAAUGCAUGCCAGACCCUUGUACUUAAAAGCAAGCUGCAAAUGUGCCAGAAUAGACAGCAACGGCAUUUGUUAUUAAUGCAAAGUUGAAAAUGUGACAGCCCGUCUUCUCAGUAGUGCUCUUUAUGUCUCCGUAUCUAGACUGUACUGCUGCAAAAAGUGCACAUCCGAUCACUGUUGGUGGGGUGAGAAUCCCCCCUCCCCAGAACUCAGGCUCUUUGAAAGUGCAUGGCUCUGUUAAUGAUCGCUGAAACCAGCCACAACCUGUCCUUUUGAAAUGGAUAUAAUGACUUAUAAAUCAAUUUCUCGUUAGAACUUCUUUUUUUUUUUUUUUCUUUUUCCCGAAGGUGCCAUUGUUGCCCAUGAAAAAUGAUUGGGUUUGCAACAUAAGGUUGGAGCACAUUUUAUUCUGCCAUUUGUGCCUCAUGCAGGGGCAUUAUGGUGAUGAACACCAAGCCCAGUUCUGCCUCUCUGCAGUAGAAACAUCCUUAUUUCAUAAAGCUACCCACAUCCAAAUUACAGAUAAAAUCAGAUUUCCUCUGAUGCAUUUUUCCGUGCCUCGAGUCUCUCUGAAACCAACAAGACUGGGGUUAUGAAGUCAGUCCUAGAUGGCCUCGCAGAUACAACUUUCCGAACAAUCACAACAGAUCUCCUUUACGUGGGCUCCAACGAUAUCCAGUACGAAGACAUGAAAGGCGACAUGGCAUCCAAGCUGGGAUACUACCCCCAGAAGUUCCCUCUCUCUUCCUUCAGGGGUGAUCCUUUCCAAGAAAAAAUGACUGCGGGAGAUGAUCCCCUGUUGAGCAUUAUUCCCUCAGAUCAGGUCAACAUCACAGAGUUUUACAACAAGUCCCUGUCCACGUUUAAGGAUAAUGAGGAGAACAUACAGUGUGGGGAGAACUUUAUGGAUAUGGAGUGCUUUAUGAUCCUGAACCCCAGCCAGCAGCUGGCCAUCGCUGUGCUGUCACUCACCCUGGGCACCUUCACGGUCCUAGAGAACCUCCUUGUCCUAUGCGUCAUCCUCCACUCUCGAAGCCUCCGGUGUAGACCCUCCUACCAUUUCAUCGGCAGCCUGGCUGUGGCCGAUCUCCUGGGCAGCGUGAUUUUUGUCUACAGUUUUGUGGAUUUCCAUGUUUUCCACCGGAAGGACAGCCCCAACGUCUUCUUGUUCAAACUGGGUGGAGUUACAGCCUCCUUCACCGCGUCCGUAGGUAGUCUUUUCCUCACGGCCAUAGACCGGUACAUAUCUAUACACAGGCCACUAGCUUACAAAAGGAUUGUUACCCGACCAAAGGCUGUUGUAGCGUUUUGUGUGAUGUGGACCAUCGCUAUUGUAAUAGCCGUUCUUCCUCUGCUUGGCUGGAACUGCAAAAAGCUCAAUUCUGUUUGUUCAGACAUAUUCCCUCUCAUCGACGAGACGUACCUGAUGUUCUGGAUCGGGGUCACCAGCGUCCUCUUGCUGUUCAUUGUCUAUGCCUACAUGUACAUACUGUGGAAGGCGCACAGCCACGCUGUUCGCAUGAUUCAGCGGGGCACGCAGAAAAGCAUCAUCAUCCAGUCUACGGAGGAUGGUAAGGUACAGAUCACUAGGCCUGAUCAAACUCGUAUGGACAUCAGGUUAGCCAAAACCUUGGUCCUUAUCCUAGUCGUUUUAAUCAUAUGCUGGGGCCCUCUGCUCGCCAUCAUGGUGUACGAUGUCUUUGGCAAAAUGAACAAGCUCAUCAAAACUGUCUUUGCCUUCUGUAGCAUGCUCUGUUUGCUGAAUUCCACAGUGAAUCCCAUCAUCUACGCUCUGAGGAGCAAGGACUUGCGACACGCCUUCCGCAGCAUGUUCCCCACCUGCGAAGGAACCGCGCAGCCCCUCGACAACAGCAUGGAGUCUGACUGCCAGCACAAACACGCCAACAACGCAGGGAACGUGCAUAGGGCUGCCGAGAGCUGCAUUAAGAGCACAGUUAAGAUUGCCAAAGUUACCAUGUCUGUCUCCACAGACACGACUGCUGAAGCAUUGUAAGUCAGAGACUUCUCAGCCUUGUGAGAAAAGGAGUUAGUUUAAAAAAUAAAGAUUUAAAAAAUCAACAACAGAGAAAACCAAACCUGUGGCUUAAAGUGUUUGUACCCUCCUGUAGUAUUUCUUUGGUUUGUCAUUGUAAGCUGAGCGAUGAUUGUGUUAAGAACAUUACCAUCAGCCAGUUCUUCAGGUUUUGCAAUUAGGGAUUCAAGCUAGAUUUUCAAAAGUGUUUUUCUCAGCAAGUGUUUACUGAAUGAUAGGAUGUUUCCUGAAAGAACACAGACAAAAUACCAGGUUAGCAGUGGUUCCUUUGGGGGUGUGAAAUAAAAUGGUGAAGCCUAAUUGAAAACUAAUGCGUCCUAAACCAAUGCCAUCAAGUAAGAGAAAAAGCUGUGUAAUCAUGCUGUUCAUUUCAAUGUGAAGUGUAUUUCAUGUCUAUAAGUAAUAGGAGGUUUUGAUUUUUUCCAAAAGCGGCAGUGUUGAGUUUUAGAGGUUUUGUAAAACGUGUUGUGUCCUGUGAAUUGUGUGCUGUUUUAUUCUGUGUUAUUGAUAUUUGUCUGAUAAACAAAGUGAUAAGGUAGACUUCCGUGGAAAUAAUGUGAAACGUGAUAUGUAAACCCCAUUGAAAACACUUACUGUAUUUGAAGAAUUCCUAUGAGCUAUUUUGGAAAUUUUACACUUUAGUGGUCUUCUGUGGACUUAGAGGAGAGGGUUUGUGUUCUUCUACUAAAUCGUUUCCCCACUACCUUUUACUUUCACACGCAUAUGAGAGUAACAGCAACAAAGGAAUAGAGGAAUGUAAGAAAGGAAUGCACUGGUUCAGACUUUUAAAUACCACUGCAUUUAUACAGAAGGACGUUUAUGGUUGUACAGACUAUUGCCCUGCUCUUGGGCAUUGCAUGAAUAUGAACACUGAGAGGUGGAGGUCCUGGAUAUUGGCUCCCUUAACAUGCAACUGGUUUUUAGCCACGUGCUGGUGCUGGACCACUGAAGACAGCAUGUGUCAGACUCAGUGUGUGAUGUUAUCACUGUGCAGUCGAUGUAUACUUGAAUUGUGUCGCAUUCCUGUAUCCCAGGUUUAAGCAGAUGCAGAGCCUGAGAUGCCAAACUCCCAUCUUCACUAAAAGAGGAGGAAAUACUGUCAGACAUUUUCUUAUUGUGUGAGCGUGUAUAUAAAUAAAUAUCUGUGUGUGU